AUGGAUCCGAUACAACCCCUUCAGAAUCUCCUAGGCCCAUUUUUUGAGCUGCAUAACCUCGUUAUCGGUAGUGUUCAUGCUGUCAAAGAAGCGUAUCAGGCACUAAAGGAAGGAUAUCAAAAGUCCCAAGCCUUUGUCAUGAAACUGUUUGGGCCCAAGGCUCACGAGAGAUUCCCAAGGAAAUUCCGUGAACCGGGAUCCGGGGCGUGCGCGUCAGGAGGUUUCUACCCAACGGACUCAGCUGGACACUAUGAGAAUCAAGGUGUGGAUCUGGAAAUACUACCUGGAGCAAAGUUGGUGGCACCAUAUUCAGGCGUCCUUUACAAGAGUGCUGGUAAGCCCAACCAGGUUACUCUGCAGGCUGGUGGUGGGGCCUUCCGCGACAUCAAGAUCAUCAUUGACAACGUUGAGCCCAAUAGGACCAUCUCCAAAACUGAAGGAGUUCAUGUAAUAGCUGGAACUGUUAUUGGCACAGUCGGUUUUUCCGCAACAUGUAGACCUUCAAACUACAUCCAUCUUUCAAUGAAGAAAUCCAAACCCAACCGCCUGGCGUCCCUUCUAGACGGCGUCCUGGAUGACGAUGUUUCAGCUGCUGACCUAGCUGCCAAGGAUGGAUACGUGGAUCCUGGCAACUACCUUGGGAAGAGACUUCUGAAAACACCCAAGUGGACACAAGUCUGUGACGAUUUCAAAAUUGUUUGGUUGGGAAUGGUAGUGAAGGAAGGUACCGUGCUUGGAAAUAAUAAAGACGGAGAGACGAAGGACACCAGCCCUGAGCGCGAACCUCCCCCUGACACCACUACCGAUAGACCUGACCCUACCAAACUACCACCAAAGCGAACGCCCUCUUUUGGUCUAGUAAUGUCACCAGACAACACUCAACAAACCAGAGAAGCACUGGGCUUUCCCGAGCCAAAACUUGCCUCGGGGUCUCCGUUUAAGAACUUCACUCUGAGGAACCUGAAGAUUGGAUCCAUCCUGGCAUUUGCCCGUAAGCUUGGACUGGAGGAAACAGCAGACGCGUUGUUGACUCUAGUCAAGACCAUUGUUAAACUUGUUGGUGACAAGCCGUGCGUUCUACCCGAGUCUUUAUCCAAUGAUAUGUUGCGAAUUGAGCUGCAACAGCGUGGUCUAAGCUCACAAGGAGAUAGACAGACCUUACUCAAGCGAUACAGGCAACCUGAGGAUCGCUGCCUUCUGCUUCAAGUUUCCCUGCCCAAGAAUGUGUACUGUAAGAUAGACAAGAGUUGCCUGGGUGUGGAGUGUUGUAUGAACGUCAAACUCUUCAUGGUGUCCUUUGCCUUCAAGGCAUUCAUGCGCUUUGACCCUUGCGAGUUUCAGUUUGUACUCGGUGUCAAUUCUUGGAACUACACCAUGCACAUUCUAGAUUCCGAAUUUGAUUACACGUUUUCUAUGUAA